UAAUAAAAACAUUUUCUUACUUAUUUUUUAAUACCAUAAAUAAAGCAUAUAUCAGAGUUGAACUUAGUUCUCUUGAGUUCCUCCAUGUUGAGAAGAUAGCUUACUCAAAAGUCCAAACAUUUGACCAAUGGUAUAUAAUAUUUAAGCAUAGAAUUUGUUGACUACUUGCUUAACAAACAAAAUAAUAUUUUCGAUUCUGUUACUUCGCUUGCUGAAACUAUAAUAACUUUAUCAAAAUAAUUUUUGAUAACUGAUCCACUUACAUGGUAGGAAGGAGGAGGUACUUAUUUUAAAAUAAAUUUUAAAAACAGGAACACAUAUUGUCGAGAAACUAAACUAAUGUUUGUUGGGCAAGCAUCUUCAUCCUUUUGACUUUGUAAGGGUGGUAAAUAAUUUAUUUCAUAGGUAAGAAGAUGUAUUUUCUUUUCUGAAAUGAGAACUUAGUUCUCUUGCCUUCAUGUUGAAUGACUCCGAGGAAGGGCAGAGGGAGAUAGUUGUGCUUAGUUGUCAUUAGAGGGCUUGAAUUAAAGCAUCUUUAUUCCUUGCUUGGAAUAUAUGAUGUCGCAAUAAAUUCCUGCUCAAACAUUCUUCAUACCACCCUUCUUUUCCGGCUAGGAGAACUGAUAUUCCUUUCCUUAUACUUUCAGGAUAGAGUAGGUUAAAUAAAAACUUUCAUGUAUAGUGCACUCUUCCUGGCAAGUAAACUCUAUUAAUCACUUUGAAAUGCUAACAUUUCUAUUAAUACUAUUUCUACUAAAAAAUAACUAAGGCUUCCAUUUUUUGGAACAUCUCUGAGAUUUUCUCCUAUAUUGUAUCAUUGAACUUUAGCUCAUUCUUUUGGGAGAGUAAUAAUGCAAGUAUUGUUCCCAUUGUGUAGAUUAAAAAUGAAAACUUUAGAGAGCACAUAUGACCCAUUCUAUUUAGGUAAAUCACGAAGAGGAUAUGAAGAAGAGGAUGUGAUAGAAGGACCUGAAAUUCACUGUGCACAGUGUGUGUCAUACUCAGUACAUGUAUCUGAAGAUUACCCAGAUAAUACAUAUGUGUCAAGUUCAGAAAAUGAUGAAGAUGUACUAGUUACUACAGAGCCAAUUCCAGUAAUUUUUCAUAAAAUAGCAACAGAAUUAAGAAAAACAAAUGACAUUAACUGUUGCUUAUCCAUAAAAUCCAAAUUACAAAAGGAAAAUGGUGAGGAGUCAAGACAGAAUAGUACAGUGGAAGAAGAUUCUGAAGGUGAUAAUGAUUCUGAAGAAUUUUAUUAUGGAGGACAGGUGAACUACGAUGGGGAACUGCACAAGCAUCCUCAGCUGGAAGCUGAUUUGUCGGCAGUGAGAGAGAUAUAUGGGCCACAUGCAGUUUCUCUCAGGGAAUAUGGAGCCAUUGAUGAUGUAGAUAUUGAUCUACAUAUUGAUGUUAGUUUUCUUGAUGAGGAGAUUGCUGUGGCUUGGGAAGUAAUUCGAACAGAACCUAUAAUUGUUCGACUACACUGUUCACUUACGCAAUAUUUAAAUGGCCCAGUGCCCACUGUUGAUGUCUUUCAGAUUUCCACAAAAGAGCGAUUCGGAUUGGGACAUCAGCUAAAAAAAAUCAUGCAGACAUUUGUUACACAGCAGUGGAAACAGAGCAAAGAAAAAUCCAAUUGCCUGCACAAUAAAAAGUUGUCAGAGAAGAAAGUGAAGUCUCCCCUGCAUUUAUUUUCUACUUUGCGCAGGUCGCCAAGUUAUCCUCCCCCUGGUUGUGGUAAAAGCAAAUCCAAACUGAAAUCCGAGCAAGAUGGAAUCUCCAAAACACAUAAGCUGCUACGGAGGACUUGUUCCAGCACAGUCAAGACUGAUGACGUGUGCACCACAAAGUCACAUAGGACCUUUGGUCGCUCCCUGUCCAGCGAUCCCAGGGCUGAGCAGGCGAUGACAAUUAAAUCACACAAACUCUUGAACCGUUCCUGCCCUGCAGCCGUUAAGCAAGAGGACUGCCUCACUCUAAAGUCGCAUAAACUAUUGACUCGAUCUUGUUCUGGAGAUCCACGAUGUGAGCACAACACCAACCUAAAGCCCCACAAACUGUUAAGCAGGUCUUACUCCAGUAAUCUCAGAAUGGAAGAAUUAUAUGGACUGAAAAAUCACAAAUUGCUUAGCAAGUCUUACUCCAGUGCCCCCAAGUCAUCUAAAACUGAGCUUUUCAAGGAACCUAACUCAGAGGGCAGGAGGCUCUCUCUUACCUCAGGGCUUAUUGGUAUCUUAACACCAUCUUCAUCUUCAUCUUCCCAGAUUGCUCCAAAUGGUGCAAAAUGCAUUCCAAUACGAGACCGUGGCUUCCUAGUGCAGACAAUUGAGUUUGCUGAACAGCGGAUCCCUGUGUUGAAUGAAUACUGUGUGGUGUGUGAUGAGCCACAUGUGUUUCAAAAUGGCCCUAUGCUUAGGCCUACUGUGUGUGAACGGGAGCUGUGCGUAUUUGCUUUUCAAACCCUGGGAGUAAUGAAUGAAGCUGCUGAUGAAAUAGCUACUGGAGCUCAGGUCGUAGAUCUGCUAGUAUCCAUGUGCAGGUCUGCAUUGGAGUCUCCUAGAAAAGUUGUCAUUUUCGAGCCAUAUCCUUCUGUGGUAGAUCCUAACGAUCCUCAGAUGUUGGCCUUCAACCCCAGGAAAAAGAACUAUGAUCGAGUAAUGAAAGCACUGGACAGCAUAACUUCUAUCAGAGAAAUGACACAAGCACCAUAUCUGGAAAUCAAGAAGCAGAUGGAUAAACAGGACCCCCUUGCUCAUCCCCUACUGCAAUGGGUUAUAUCAAGUAAUAGGUCACAUAUUGUGAAACUGCCAGUUAAUAGGCAAUUGAAGUUUAUGCAUACUCCACAUCAGUUCCUUCUUCUCAGCAGUCCACCAGCCAAAGAAUCCAAUUUUAGAGCUGCUAAAAAACUCUUUGGAAGCACCUUCGCAUUUCAUGGCUCUCAUAUUGAAAACUGGCACUCUAUCCUGAGGAAUGGUCUGGUUGUUGCUUCUAAUACAAGAUUGCAGCUCCACGGUGCAAUGUAUGGAAGUGGAAUCUAUCUUAGUCCAAUGUCAAGCAUAUCAUUUGGCUACUCAGGGAUGAACAAGAAGCAGAAGGUGUCAGCCAAGGACGAGCCAGCUUCAAGCAGUAAAAGCAGCAAUUCAUCACAGUCACAGAAAAAAGGACAGCAAUCCCAAUUUCUGCAAAGCCGAAACUUAAAAUGCAUAGCCUUAUGUGAAGUGAUCACCUCACCUGACCUGCACAAACACGGAGAGAUAUGGGUUGUCCCAAAUACCGAUCAUGUCUGCACACGAUUCUUUUUUGUCUAUGAAGAUGGCCAAGUGGGAGAUGCAAAUAUUAAUACACAAGAAGGAGGCAUUCACAAAGAGAUCCUCCGAGUAAUUGGUAAUCAAACUGCUACUGGUUAAAGGACUACCAUUUAAUUAACAUGAUUUGAAAGCCUUCCUCGGGUUCAAAGCUGGAUUUUGAACUGAAGAAGAUGAUAAAAUAAUUUAUUGUUAUUAUCAACAAAUUUAACCCUUUGAAUACUGAUUUUUUUUCUUAGUAUUUCUAAGUAUCUCAUUAAAUACCUAAAAUGGUAUAAAAUUUAUCAAUUGUAGGGUUAUGGAAUCUAGUAAUAAAAUCAAAACAGCACUUAAACUGAAGUUUGGGUUGCUCAUACAAUAAACAGAUUGAAAAACCA